CGCGGGAAGAAAUACUGUUUUACUGGUUAAAAUUCAUUUGUUGCAAAAGGUUCAGGAUACAAAGGAAUUAUGCAAGCUUUUCUAAAAACUGGAAAAUUAGGACCUGGUGAUCCUAAAAAGGCUUCGACUUCACGUUCGAAAGAAGAACGUAGCAGUUCUGCAGCACCAUGGGUUGAAAAAUAGGUGGAGAUUUUCCAAAUUUGUUAUUUUAUGGCCCACCUGGAACUGGCAAAACAAGUACUAUAUUAGCCGCGGCUAGGCAAUUAUUCGGUAGUCUCUACAAGGAAAGAAUAUUGGAAUUAAAUGCUUCUGAUGAAAGAGGUAUUCAAGUUGUGAGAGAUAAAAUCAAGUCUUUUGCACAGCUUACGGCAGGUGGUAUGAGAGAUGAUGGGAAAAGUUGUCCGCCUUUCAAAAUUAUCAUCUUAGAUGAGGCAGAUAGUAUGACUAAUGCUGCACAAGCUGCACUCCGUCGUACUAUGGAAAAAGAAUCACAUAGCACCAGAUUUUGUUUAAUUUGUAAUUAUGUAUCAAGAAUCAUAGAACCUUUGACUUCUCGUUGUACGAAAUUCAGAUUUAAGCCAUUGGGAGAGGAUAAAAUCGUUGAGAGGUUAGAAUACAUAUGUAAAGAGGAAGACUUAAAAGCAGAAAAGGUUGUGUUAUUAAAAAUUGUCGAAGCUUCGGGUGGAGAUUUACGACGUGCCAUAACAUGUUUACAGUCCAUUACAAGGUUAAAAGGCAAAGGUAUCGACAUUACUGUUGAUGAUAUCGUUGAAAUUAUUGGGAUUGUUCCUGAUAAAUGGUUGGAUGAUUUAAUGAAUGUAUGCAAAACAAGAGAUUAUAGUAAGGCAGAGGAAUUUGUCGAUCAGUUUAUGUUAGAAGCAUAUGCUACGUCUCAGGUGACCUUUUUUGUUUUGUUAUUUAUUAUUAUUUGUACAGAUUAUUUAUUAAAAUUUUACAUUGCAUGUUUAAAUAAUUCCUACAGGUUAUUGAGCAACUCAGUGAAAAAAUUAUAUAUUCUAACGAGUUAACAGAUCAGCAGAAAGCUCUCAUCGCAGACAGACUUGGGGUAAGAGUAUAAAAUGAUUUAAUUAAAAACAAUACACGAUACUUAAUUUUUAUUAUUUUCAGGAGUGUAAUUAUAGGCUGCUAGAUGGUGGAAGUGAAUACAUACAACUAAUAAAUCUUUGUUGCGGUAUUAUAAAAGCUUAUGAAUUAGUGUAAGCUUAUGAAUUAUCAUUUCAAAUAUCUUUGUGUUAAUAAAUAUUUAUUACCUUUUCUACAAUUUUCGUUUCAGUUUACGUUUGAAGAACAAACUGAAAUUAUCGUAAAGUGA